AUAAUGAUUCCUUCCUGGUUGAAAAUAAGCACAGAGACUGGUGCCAGGCACUGCAGUACUGUAGGACACAUCACGCUGAUUUAGCAAGCAUCAGUAAUGAAACGCACAAUGAAGAACUGAAAAAUAAAUACAGGAACAAAACCUUUUGGAUCGGGCUCCUUCAUGAUAAUUGGAAAUGGGCAGACAAGAGCUGUUCAACUUAUAGAACAUGGAUGGAAGAUGAACCUAAACAUGGAUGUGGAAUACAAAUGGAUGGUUUGGCUCUUGAGACAUUCAGUUGUGGACAAAACAAAAAAGUGCUUUGCUCCAAAGGCAGUGUAAGGAUCAUAGCCGUCAGUAGGAAUUCAACUUGGGAAGAGGCUCUUAACUACUGCCAGGCCAAUCACACACGCUUGCUUUGGAUUGAGGGUCCGGAUGAUCAAGACGCUGUCAAUCAAUG